AGAGAGAGAGGGAGAGAGGUUUCGUUAAACUACAAAAUUAAGAAGAGAGCUUUUCUUGUUUGGGUAUUCAGUAACCGUCUCUGUCUAAUAAUUAAAAGGGAAGAGAGAGAGGGAGAGGGGGAUGGAGAAGCUGUCAUCAGCUGCUGUGGUUCCUCAGCUCCUCCGCAACAUCAUCGUCGCCGUCGUUGUUUUCGCCGAUGAAACUCUCCUUCAAAUCUCGGGGAACUCGAAGCUCAUCGAGAAACUCCGUCUAUUUGUCGUUGCAUGUUUCCUCUUCUUCUUACGGUCUCUUCCUUGGGUCGUCUCUUUCGCAGACCCUAACUCGAAGAAGGAUAGGAUGAAGCUCGAUUGCCAAGAGUCAGGAAUCGGUCGAGCGAUUUGGCAGUUGUUGUCGGCUAUGAACGAAAUCCCGGUGAGUUCCAGAAAGUACCAAGUGGUUCGAUCGUUGGCGGAGAGACUGAUCGAGGAGAAUCACGCCGGAAACUCGAUCGCCUUGUUCGAUUUGAACCGCAGGGUUUUAAAUGCGUCGUUUCGCAGAACGCUGAGCCGGUUAGAGGCGGCUGAGCGUAACCGGAGGGAUGCAGAUGAACCGGGAUUAAAGCGGAUGGUGAGAGCUGCGGUCAGAGCCGUGGGAACCGGUUCGGGUGGAGAGGAGUCCGCGGAGAAGCUAGCGGCGGAACUGCUUUGGUUGGCGGAGAAGAUGGCGGUUUACGGAAUCGCGGGGGAGGCCGUUGAGAAAUGGGCUUCGGCUUCAAACUUGGCAUCGCUUGCUGUUUCGUCAGAGCCGCGGCUUCAGUCUUGUUUGGUCCAAAUCUGCGCGUUGAUGUUCAAAGAAGCCAAGGAAAUGGAAAGAGAGGAGGAGACGAAGAAGAAGAUGCUUGCAUCGUGGAUCCCAUUGCUCUGCAGGGCCAGCAACGGAGCGGAUAAACCGGUGCUGAGAAGCGCGGAACGAGCAGAGCUGGAGAAGGUGCUGGAGGAGAUGAUAUCACAACUGAAACGAGAGGAGGAGCAAGAAGUAAUUCUCUCACUCUGGCUUCACCAUUACACUCUCUGCUCUUCCUCCGACUGGCCUGACCUCAACGCCUCUUAUCUUCGUUGGUGUCAUUCUUCUCGCCAGCUUUUCCUCUUUCGUUCCUUGUGAACACACUCACUAACUGUAUUUUUUAUACAGCCUAGUUCAAAUUAUAUACAUGUAUCAUUAUUUAUGUGUUUUUUAUUUCUCAAACUAUUACUACGUACGUAACUCA